AUUUGCUUAGUUAUCGAUUAUAGGUAUAUAAUUUCUACCAUGUCAUUAUCAUAUUAGCUUACUUAAUAAAAAUUGUUUAAAAACAUUAUAUUAUCCUAUUUCUAUUUGAUUUAUCAAUAUAAUUAAUGACUUGAUGGAAAAGAAUUUCAAAAAGAGUUAAAUGCAUUAAAUUUAAAUACAACCCUGCACUUGAAGUUUUCUUGACAGCUGUCAACUUAAUAUUAUUUCUUUUCUUACAAAUCGUCUUUGGAGAUUUCCAUCUGACUUUGUAUUCAUAACUAGAGAUCAGCAAACAUGGUUGCCGUAAAGAAACAGAAAAAGGCUUUGGAAAGCACCAAUGCCCGUUUGGCUUUGGUAAUGAAAUCGGGCAAAUACUGCUUAGGUUACAAACAAGCUUUGAAGACAUUACGUCAAGGCAAAGCGAAAUUGGUAUUGAUUGCCAGCAACACCCCAGCGUUGAGGAAAUCUGAGAUUGAAUAUUACGCUAUGUUGGCCAAGACCGAAGUGCAACAUUACAGUGGCACCAACAUCGAAUUGGGUACCGCUUGCGGUAAAUACUUCCGUGUGUGCACAAUGUCCAUCACCGAUCCUGGAGACUCGGACAUCAUCCGCUCAUUGCCAGACAACUAAAUCCAAUGAUGUAGUUUUAUAAAUAAAAUAAAUUUUUAAAACAAU